CAAAUUUAGACAUCUAGUAGUCAUUUCGUACACUUCAAGAACUUUGGACCCCACUUGCUUUUUGAGUACUUUACCCGGUUUGGUUCUCCCCUAAAGUUGGAAUCUAUUUUUAGUAAUUUCGUGAAUUUCAAUCAGAUAAAUAAAUUUAAAAUGCCACCUAAGAAAGAAGCUGCUCCAGAGCCGAAACCUCUCAUUGGACGUGUUGGUACAAGUCUUAAAAUUGGAAUUGUUGGACUUCCAAAUGUUGGCAAAUCCACUUUCUUCAAUAUCUUGACUAAAAGUGCAGCACCUGCUGAGAAUUUCCCAUUUUGCACCAUUGAUCCUAAUGAAAGUAGGGUUGCAGUUCCUGAUGAUAGGUUUGAUUGGCUUUGUGAACAUUACAAACCAGCCAGUAAAGUCCAAGCUUAUCUAAAUAUUGUGGAUAUUGCUGGAUUAGUAAAGGGAGCUCAUGAGGGCCAAGGUUUGGGAAACGCCUUCCUUUCUCACAUUCGGAGUGUCGAUGCAAUUUUUCAUCUUUGCCGAACUUUUGAGAGUGAAGAAAUUACUCAUGUUGAAGGUGACGUCAAUCCUGUUCGAGAUAUCGAAAUCAUCAAUGAAGAACUAAGGUUAAAGGAUGAAGAAUAUCUCUUGGCAACAAUUAAAAAAACGGAGUCUCUUAUGCGCAGUGACAAAAAGAUGAAAACAGAAUAUGAUAUUUUGUGCAAAGUUAAGGCCCAUCUUGUUGAUCAAGCAAAACACAUUCGGUAUGGAGACUGGAACGUCCAAGAAAUCGAAGUGUUAAACAAGCAUUUGUUUAUCACAUCGAAACCUGUCAUUUAUUUGGUAAAUAUGGCAGAAAAAGAUUAUAUCCGGAAAAAGAAUAAAUGGUUACCUAAGCUCAAGGAGUGGAUCGAUGCAAACGAUUCUGGCGCUAUGAUGAUUCCUUUCUCUGGUGCCUUUGAAGGCAAGAUAGCUGAUAUGGAUGUUGACGCACGUAAAGCUUUUUGUGAAGAAAACAAAGCAAAUAGUACAUUCGAGAAGAUUAUUGUACAGGGCUACAAAUGCCUUCAUUUGAUGUACUUCUUCACAGCGGGCCACGACGAGGUCAAAGCUUGGUCCAUUCAGAAGGGAACCAAAGCUCCACAAGCGGCUGGCCGAAUUCAUACGGAUUUCGAAAAAGGUUUCAUUAUGGCGGAAGUCUUUAAAUUCAACGACCUAAAAGAGGAAGGCACUGAGGCAGCUGUCAAGGCAGCUGGAAAAUAUCGUCAGCAAGGUAAACUUUACGUUGUAGAAGACGGUGACAUCAUCUUGUUCAAAUUCAAUGCUGGAGCUGGACUUACUGCUGGUAAAGACGCCAAAAAGAAAUGAAAACGCACUAUUGAGUUAACACUCGUUCCUCAACAGCAAAUAAGAGUGAACUGAUGGAAAAUAAAAUCGGAAGACUGAAAAUA